AUGGAUAUUUCCCACGUUCGAGGGUUGCUCCUCGCCACGCUGGACGCCAAUGCCGACACGAGAAGACAGGCGGAGCUUCAGCUCAAACAGGUUGAAGACCAUGGCGGUGUAAUGGAUGCGCUCACCGAGAUCAUGCAGACCGAACAGGACAAUAAUGUCCGGAUGGCUGCUGCUAUCUAUAUCAAAAACAGAGUAAAUCGUUCGUGGUCGCGGACCGAGCAUUACGCGACUGAGAAACUCUUGCCCGAAGAUGAGAAGGCCCGCUUCCGUGACCGUCUACUUCCUAUCCUCGCUGCCUCUCAGGGGCCUGUCCGCCAACAGCUCGUCCCAGUCCUACAACGAAUUCUUCAGUUUGACUUUCCUGAUAAAUGGCCCAACUUCAUGGACUUCACCAUGCAGCUCCUCAACACAAACGAUGCUCCCUCGGUUCUAGCUGGCCUUCAGUGUCUUCUGGCUAUUUGCCGCGCCUACCGCUACAGAAGCGGCGACUCACAUAACCGAUCUCAUUUUGACAAAAUUGUCGAAAUCAGCUUUCCCCGGCUCCUUGCCAUCUGCAACGAAUUGGUAAACCAAGAAAGCGAGGAGGCGGGGGAGAUGCUUCAUCUCGCCCUAAAAGCCUAUAAACAUGCUACUUGGCUUGAACUCUCCCUUUCUUGCGACAGCGCGAUAACAACAUCGCUUGGUGCACCCACUGAGGAAGACCCGUAUGAGCGUGAAAAGCAUCGAUGGUGGAAAGCGAAGAAGUGGGCGUAUUUCAACCUCAACAGACUUUUCAUCAGACACGGAAAUCCAACUACAUUUACCAAAUCUGCCGACCCCGACGUUCUCGCGUUUGCCGAAGAGUUCAUUGUACGAAUCGCGCCCGAGAUACUUCAAAAGUACCUCCAGGAGAUUGAGAAAUGGGUUACCAAGACUACGUGGCUCAGUCGGCCCUGCCUUUCAUACACUCUUGUUUUCCUUGACGAGUGCGUACGGCCAAAGGAAAUGUGGCCCUACCUGAAGCCUCAUCUCAACACCCUCAUCACUCACCUCGUCUUCCCCGUGAUAUGUCUGUCAGAAGAGGACUUGGAGAAGUUUGAAGAUGAGCCCGAGGAGUACCUCCACCGAAAGCUCAACUACUUCGAGGAGGCAUCUGCCCCGGAUAUCGCUGCAACUAACUUCCUCGUCGGCUUGACUAAAUCGCGAAGGAAGGAGACGUUCGAGAUUCUUAAGUUCAUCAACGCCGUUGUGACCGAAUACGAGCAGGCCCCCGAAGAUAAAAAGAACCACAUCGCCAAGGAGGGUGCGCUCCGUAUGAUUGGAACCUUGGCCCCCGUGAUACUAGGCAAGAAGAGCCCCAUCGCCGACCAGGUUGAGUACUUCCUUGUCCGUUACGUGUUCCCGGAUUUCACAAGUACCCAGGGCUUCCUUCGUGCUCGGGCUUGCGAUCUUGUGGAGAAGUUCGAGCAGCUCAAUUUCCAAGAUCAGAACAACUUGGUGAGCAUCUACAGACAUAUAUUGGACUGCAUGGCAGACCCGGCGCUUCCCGUCCGUAUCACCGCGGCCCUCGCGCUUCAACCCCUCAUUCGCCAUGAUAUCAUCAGGGCUAGCAUGCAGCAAAGUAUUCCAACCAUCAUGCAACAACUUCUCAAAUUAGCUAACGAAGCCGAUAUCGACGCGCUCGCAAACGUGAUGGAGGACUUUGUCGAGGUUUUCGCCACCGAGCUUACCCCGUUCGCAGUCGCUCUCAGCGAGCAGCUCCGAGACACAUACUGCCGAAUUGUCAGAGAGCUCUUGGAGAAGAACGAUAAGCUUGGUGAUGACAAUGAGUAUGGCGAGUAUCUGGAUGAUAAGAGCAUCACCGCUCUUGGUGUCUUGCAAACCAUCGGUACCCUCAUCCUGACUUUGGAGAGCACGCCCGACGUCUUGCUACACAUCGAAACGGUUUUGAUGCCCGUAAUUCAGAUUACUCUCGAGAAUAAGCUUUACGAUCUUUACAACGAGGUGUUUGAAAUCAUUGAUAGCUGCACCUUCGCUGCGAAGGCCAUCUCGCCCACAAUGUGGAAAGCCUUUGAGCUUAUUCACCAAACUUUUAAGUCUGGCGCGCAGCUCUACCUAGAGGACAUGCUCCCUGCUCUUGACAACUUUGUGCAGUACGGUGCUGCUGAUCUGACGAGGAAGCCUGAGUACGUUGAGGCUUUAUACUCGAUGGUGGCUGAACUCUUUGUCGAUGACAAGCUAAGCCGAGUGGAUCGCAUCUGUGCUUGCAAGCUCGCCGAGGCUAUGAUGUUGAGCCUUCGUGGACACAUAGACCAGUGCGUCCAUGGGUUCAUUGAGAUGGGCAUGAACAUCCUUGCGACUGAGGAAGUGAAGGGCAAGUCAUACAAGAUCCAUCUUAUGGAGAUGGUAAUUAGUGCCAUCCACUACAAUCCUCUUCUUACGCUACAGGUCCUUGAGGCGAAGCAGUGGACCAAUAAGUUCUUUAGUCUUUGGUUCGGAAACAUGAGCUCAUUCACGCGCGUACAUGACAAAAAGCUUUGCGUCGCAGCCAUUGCCACCCUCCUCAGCAUCCCGCCCGAAAAUGUGCCCACUAGUGUCUCUACCGGGUGGCCGAGGUUGCUCCAGGGUAUCGCGGAGCUGUUUAGGACGCUUCCCACCGCCAUCAAAAAUCGUGAAGAAGCCCUGAAGGACGAUUACCAGUAUGACGCUGGAGCUUACGAUUACGGCGCCGACGACGACUGGGCAGAUGAGGAUGCCAGCUGGGCCGAAGAGGGAGCACAGUCUGCAGAUGCGUCGUCGGCGGCAGCUGCCGGGACAGAAGCCGAGCAAUCGAGUGAGGUCAGGGACGAAGGAAGUGCCUAUCUAGACUUCUUAAAUGAAGAGGCGCAGAAAUUCCGAGGUGGCGACGAGAUCGACUCGGAGGACGACCUUGGCGAAGAGAGUCUUAUCCUUGAUUCACCUUUGGACAAGAUUGAUACCUACCAGCUCUUUGCGGCCACUAUACACAAAAUGCAACGCGAGCAACCACAGUUCUAUACGGAACUUGCGCGACAAAUCUCGGCCGAUGACAUGGCGGUGAUCCAAGCUGCCGUUACCAAGGCUGAACAGACGGCCAUGGAGCAACUGGCUCUUGCUCAACAGCAAGGCGCCAACUUGCAGUUACAGUCACCACAAGCGCCAGCUGGAGCGCCUAACGGAGGCGUGAGCUGA